GCCGUGGGGGCCGCCUGUCGUCUCCCGCGCCGCCUUGUUUAUCUCGCGGGCGCCUGCGCUCCCGACCUAGGACCCUCCCAACUUUGAGCGGAGGUUGGCAGUCGCCUCUCCGAAGGACCCUGCACGGGGAGCCCGGCCCUUCCAUGCCCCUUCCCGGACCCUUUCCGGCCGGACGCCCCGCUCGCGCCUGUCCACUCCGCGACACACCCUCCUCCUGGCGGGUCGCCCCGCACCCUCUCUCAAGCCCGCUUUGGCCACUACUCUGGCCCGGUGACUUGGGCCUGGCUCCCCUCACCCCAUGUGCUAGGCCAGGCGGCCUUGCCAGGCGGUGGCACUUUGGGCAUCGGGGGUUCCCGGGUGGGGGCCUGGACGGGGAGUUUGGCAUGUGCAAACAAUUUCAGAGGCAGCGUUUCCUUCCCUGCCUCGGAGUUUAGAUCUGUGCCUUCCAUUGAGGCUGGUGGAGAGAUCUAAAGGAGCCCACCUGCCAGGUGGUGGGCACCGCCACGCCUCCUGUUUGUUGCCACGCCUCCUGUUUGUUGGCAGCCCGGCUGGCUGGUUCUGGGGCUCUGGAGACUCCCCAGGCUCUAGCACUCCUGCGGUGCAGCUGGGCAGGAGCUGGGUAUCUGCAGGCCCUCACUGCUUUCUUCACACGGGCUGUGCAGGAAGGUGUGACUGGGACAGUUUGCUUCAACAGGUAUUGGAGGUCUGGGACACUAUCCCCAGGUGUUGUGUAAACAGAGCCUGAGGAGCCUUGAGACAGAGCAGUUGUGUUGGACUCCACAGGUCCUUCUGGGAGCUGCUGUGUUCUCAGCAGGACCCCCGGCUUCCUGGGAGAUGUCAAGAGGUACCUAAGAAAUCUAAGGCCCCAGGAAGCCUAGUCUGCUAGGUGGAAAUGACUUUAAGAGCUCAACUUCAGAUGCAUGAGCCAUGGCUUCCCGAGUUGGUGAAGGCCAGGAGCCACAGCAGAGAGAGGAAAAGUCCGAGUUGGGGCAGGCGGCCUAGUUUUGGAGGAAGGUGUGCCUGUGGAGGAUGACUCCGUGGCAAGACCCAGAGUCCACAGGAGUAGCAGGUAGAAAGGGCCAAGAAAGGAGGAUCAGAGGAGCAGUUAUGGAGGAGGGAGGAUACAGAAGAUAAAUGAAGCUGGCAUGUAGCACAGCAGUGGUGCCAUACUUGCCUGGCAUGUGCAAAGCCUGGGUUUGAUCCUUGGCCUUGGGACUUGUCAUCUUGUGCAUAGCACAGGAAGACAGGCAGUUCGGAAUAAGACCUCCAGCUAAGACACAUGAACUGUGUGGUGGGCAGGUGGAGACACAGGUGCUGUUGCAGGUUAGAGGAGGGCGCUCUCGGAGACCCUCGAGAUGGCGACAGAGUGACCAUGAGCAUGACCUUGGCCAUCUUGCGUGUUUCCUGUAGAUGGAGAGAACAGUGGUUGAGAUUGUGCAAGUCCUAGAAAAUCAGACUGGGGAAUUGCUGUUCUGUCUGUGUGUCCUGGCAGACAUUAAAAGUUUUAGGGUCAGGGAGGACUGCAAGGAAGGGGUGUUUGGAAAGGAUUUUGAAAGUAAUGUUAGGCGACAGGUCAGCUAGUAAGCUGCUGCACUCCAGGAGUGCCCAGAGUUUGCAUUGAUUUAACUGGAAAUGAAAAAAGGGUGAGUGUUAGAGACAUUACCAUUGACAUACUCUGUUGACAGGGCCAGGGUGAAGGGAAGAGAUGAAUGGAAAUUAAUUCUUUGUGGAAAUUGAUUAUAUGCCAGGGUCUUAGAGCCACUGUAGCUGGCAACUCGAGAAAUCGGAAAUGUGUGUUUUGUAGAGAAGUAAUUGACACUCAGGCUGUGUGGAAGUUUCUGUGUUUGCCAGGAUAUCCAAGUGUAAGUGCACUGCCAGCAAGUCCUGCACCGGGCUUCUUGGGAACCCCAGGGAUAGAGUGUUAGAGAGAGCAGGCAUUCGGUGGUCAGAGAGGUAGCUGAGGAUGUCCGGCCUGGGAGGUCUGUUUGUUAGGGUUGGGAUCCCGCAGUUCAGGCUGGCCUGGAACUGUGUAGCCCAGGCUGGCCUUGAACUCAUGGCAGUCCUCCUGCCUCUGCCUUCCAAGUGCUGGGAUUACAGGCAUGUACCACCUGUCAUUUUCACCUCUUUGUGUUGCUGCCAUUUACAUGACACUGCCUGGUCUUGACCUUGAAGUUGGAGAAACAAGUCUGAAGAAUCGGGGCUUCUGGGAAACUGGGGCCAUUUAUUCUUCUAGGCAUGAGGGUGCAUGCAGUUGGAGGUUGCAGAGAAGCAGCAUAGGAUUUGCUAAAGGUGUAUAUUGUUGGACUUUGAAGUGUGUUGAACUUUAGACUCCACCAGGAUCUUCAGGCUAGUCCCAGGUUUCAUUCCUGCAGGGUAGAGGGGGUGGGUGGAGAUUUGUCAGUGGGGAUAUUGACUUCUCUAGGGCUUGGCUUUUCCUAGCCCAAUUCCCAGGAGUCUGGGGACCUGCACACUGAAGGGAUCCGGGGCUUUUUUGCUAAGCACUGAAUUGUGCUUUCUUGUUGCACGGCUGACUUAGGGUGAUUUGCUGAACAAAUUCCCCAAGCCUCAACUUGCAACAUCUGAAUUUGGAGGAUGAUUGCAGAAGGCUGCAGAAUGAGCCGAGAAUGUAGAGUGACUUAGCCUCCUUGUUUCUCUGAGCUGCAGGAUCAGUGCACUGGUAGGGGAACAGGACUUAGGGAAGGAGACCUGCAGGGGUGUGGAUCAGAAUUUUUUUUUCAUUAUGGCAAAUAUCUGACUGCAUGAAAAAUAAUUGCAUGUGAGCGAACACUGGUUGAGCUCACUCAUUCUAGAGUAAUGUUUUCUGUACUGUUCUGGCUCUGACCUACAUUAAGAAAUAAAAUUUACAUUAUGACCCUGUACAUACAGCAUUAUGUUACAAUCUAAUUUCAGUUCAUGCAGGACUACCUCCUUUGCGUGGUCCCGUCUUCCUGAACAUUUUUGGGGGGAGUCUGUUUUAUUUUUUUUCAUUAGAAGGGCACUUGUUAGUUGGGCAUGGUAAUACAUGCUUGGGAGGGAGGUUGAGACAGGAUUGAAAGUUCAAGGCCAUCCUGAGCAACUUAGGGAGACCCUGUCCAAAAGUCAAAACAGCUGUUGUUCCUAAGUUCAUGGAGUUAUUCUCUGAUGAAAUAGUGGGUCACAAUGCAUGAACAGUUUGAAAAGUGCAGAGAGAGUUUUCACAUUCAGUAAACAUUUAUUAAGUCGUGCGUGUGCAAACAUACCCUUUGCAGUACUGAAGGUAGAAAGAUACAAAUGAGAGAUAGAAACUGUUCAGUCUUUUUGGAGGUUUAAGGCGCAGCUUGGAUUAAGGAGCAGGGCGAGAUGAUUAAAUGCCAAAAAUGAAAAACAAAUGCCUGCAGUGUAUGAAAACGGGGUGGUAGCCAGGGAUUUAGUUCAGUAACAUAAGUGCGUGAGUUCAAUCCCUGUAACAAAAAAAAAAAAAAAAAAAAAAAAAAGGGAAAAGGAAUCAUGAUAUGUGCAGUGUAGAUAGAAAAAACUCUUGGGAUGAAGGAAGUCUGGGGUGAACAGUUUGGCUGUCUCAGAUCAGAUGUCGCAUGGGAGAAACUCAUGAGUGCAAUUUAGGUGUUAGGAGUGAACAUAGCAUGUGCGUGUGGGUGUGAAGAACAUGGGACUCUUGUGAUAGAGCAGGGGGAAAUUAGACUGGAGAGGUAGGAAGUAUAGGUCUUUAUUAAGGAGGGAUUUGUAGAAAUUUCCAAGCCUUUAUGCUGUUACAGUUUGGAUAGCAUAAAGGCUUUUAAACAUUAAGAAUAAUCCGAAAAACUUGUGGCUUUUUAAGAAGAGUCAGAUCUGACCGUCAUUUCCAGCAGAGAGGUGGUCAUUGCCUAUGGAAAGGGUCAGGCCUGCUGCUCCCAAGCAUGAUUCCAGCGUCCUCUCUUGCCUGCCUGGGUCCAGUUGCUUGGCAUUCCUCGCUGUGUCCCAUCGGCAUUUGGCUUUGUGACCUCAGUUUUCAAGUCUUGGAUGCCAUGCUGGAGAAUGUGUGCUGCUGUCGCAGGCCAUGGGUGCCCUCCUCUUCACCCCAAGGAUUCUGGCAGGAGCCAGAGACUGUGGAAUCUGAGGAUUCCAGCGCCAUGCUUUGCUUUAGGCCAGUGAGCAGCUCUUGCUGGAGAGCUGCUGGCUGGGCCUUGGAAAUAUUUUCAUGAUGAACAGCAUGGUAUUUACUAGAGAAGGCUUUGCCUUGUCAUCUAGAAAGCGAUGUAGACUUCCAGUGAUCUGAAGUUCUCUCCUGACUCUACUUCUGGCUGGUGUGAUUAGAUCGUGGCUCCUGGCAUGUCGCUCUGAAAGGGAUGUUGGGGUUAUGAGUUGGUGAGUUGUGAGUCACAGCUGUCAGUUGCCUUGCGACAUUAGAUUCUUUGGUUCUGUGGGCCCAUAAAAGAAGACCAAGGAGAAGGGGGAGCCCCAGCGGGGAAGGGUGCAUAGUCUGGAGAGGUUCAUAGUGGCUGCAGAGUAGCUGGCUCAAGCCCAGGUAUUAAUGCAUAUGGCUACAGAAGAGUAGGUGUGUUUGGGGCAGCUGGUGUGGGAAGUCUUUAUGGCUGAGAACACUCUGGCUUUUCCUGGAGUCCUAACUACCCACCAUUCAGAGCUCCUUCCAGGUGAGCUGCAGGUGACAGGGGCUGACCAAUCGUUUCCUGCUUUUUACAGGUAGGACAAAAUUUACCGAAAGGAUUACUUUUUUUAAAAAUAACACACAGAUACAAGUUAGGAGUUUUCUUAAAAGCAUAUGGCCAUAGGAUGCAAGGGUACCUAGAAGUCAGCCGAAUUAUAUCAAGUUGAAUCUAUUUCCUGUUUUAUGUGAUGUUUUGCUUACUAAACCAGAAGGGAAUGAUGCAGCAGCUCUGGUAUGUUUAGUUUUAGUAAAGUAGUUCACAGUUUCUUAAGAUACACUUGUCCGUGUUAAAUCAUAAGUAGUAAACUAGGGGCUGGGUGGUGGCCUUGGUUUAAUUUAGGGAUCCUCUGCAAAAGCUGUUAGUUACUGGCUCAGUGUCAGCCUGGGAGCAGGUCAGAAAGUGAGCACCACAGGGCUCUGAUUUUGGCUUGCGUUGGGUUGAGUAUAAGGAAGAUGUGUUUGUCUUAUUUGGAGGCACAGAGCUGGGAAGGACUGCUUAGUUAGUAGAUAAAUCAGAGUCAUCUAGAAUGAGGACCUCAAAUUAAAAAGAAAAAGAACCAGGUGUGGCGGUGCAUGUCUGUAAUUCCAGCUAAUUGGGAGACUGAGGCAGGAGGAUUGUAAGUUCCGGCCCUGCUUCGGUAACUGUGAGCAUCUUUCUCUAAAUAAAUAAACAAAUGGGGCUAACUAGGGUUGUAGCUCACAGCCCCUUCCCUCAUUUCUGUAAAGAAUAGAUAUAAAGCGUGGUUUAGUUUUACAGAUUUGAGCUGAUAUCUCAAGAUGGCCAAAUAGUCUAAUAAGAUAAUUAUUCUUCUGGGGAUGUAGCCGAGGCAAAACAUGAAAUAUAGAUGCACCAUCAUUCAGAUUUUUUAAAAACUCUAGUAAAAAAUUGGUAGCAAGCUAUAUUUCCACUGGUGUGGGCUGGAGAUAGUGGAUAGGUGAAUUCCAGUGGAUGUGCCUUUAAAAUGGAGGUUUAUGAAGUUAUGCAAAAUAAUAUUUAGGAGCAAUUUAAAAGAUAACCAGGGAGGAUGUUUCUGGUAAAAGUUACAGUGUGCCUACCAUCUAAUUCCAAAGAUUUAAAACACAUGCCUAGAAAAUAACUGGAAGGAAGUGUCCUAAUAAUACCAAACCUCCGUUGUUUCUAGAUGGGUUGAGCUAAGUGACUUUCUCUUUUUCAUGCUUUUAAAUUUAUUAUUUGCCAGUUGGGGAAAAUACCGCUACUUUAAACACGUCUUGUUGUUUGAGGACAGGAUGGAGUAGAUGAUUCAUGUGGAGAUUAUUGUUGAGUACCUACCUGCCCCGUGUCAAGUUUUGGCAUAGAUACCAUGCUCACAAAAUAACACCCAGCACCUGACUCUGGCACAGGCCACUGUGGAAGGCCAGGCUGUCUGGUGGAAAGUCUUGUGUUUUUUUCCCUGUCAUUUAUGAGUUCAGUGUGGAGUCCUCAGUGGGUUGAGGCUUUCCAAAUAUCAAAGCCAGUGGAGAAUCCCAGGAUCCAGUCUUAAUGACCUUGGUCAUAUGACCUCUGGACUCCUGGGGUGAUUUCAAAGGCACCUGAGUAUCAGGACUUGAUCCACAAGGGAGGAUAGGGUGAUGGAGACUCAGGAGUGACCGGUGUGGGCUUGUGGAGGGGGUCUGCAGUAGUGCCUCUAAAAUGCUUUCAUGGUAGUCAGGUGUAGGGAGGACCACACGUGUUCACUUUUUUGUUUUUGGUACCAGGAAUUGAACUCAUGACCUUGUACUUGCCGGGCAAGUGCUUGCACCGCUGAGCUAAAUCCCUGGCCCCACAUGUUCAUUUUUGCUCUCCAUGUUGGACCAUGAUCCAUGGAUGGAACAAUGGCAUUAUCUUCUUUGGCUUCAGAUUCCUCGUCUGUAGAAUAGCUGCCCUCACAUUGAAGGGCAUUAAAGUAUCCUUGAACCUUGCAAUCUGGGCAGGCAAAUUUCCUUUCAGCUUGCCAAGGGAUUCUGCAGUCGGCAGAUCUGCCCAGCAGUGGACCUGUCUUCCCGCUGAGUAGUGGGCUUCCCCUUGCUGGAGGUAUUCCAGUACUGCUUAAGGCUGAUAGAGUUGCCGCAGAAAGAGGAGCAGGACUUAGGCUGGCCUCCAGGAUGUCUUCCAGUUCUCAAGGGCAGUUACCGUGGGACUUGUCAGAGCUGAAAGAGAACAUGGAGCAGACACUGCUUUUGGAUGUCUUUGAGUUACUUUAGUCUUUGUUAGGGACUAUGCUCAGGCCGUGUGUUUCUUAGAGAGCUCUGCAGAGAGCAUAGAGUUCCUCUCGUGUUCUGAGAUUAUCACAGGAAGAUUUCUGCCUCUGUGCACUUCAUGCUCGUAUUCUGGCAUUGGAAAAAUCAGUAGUUGGCCAGAGAACUGCUCUGUCUUCGCACGGAGUAAAGCAGAUUUGGGGCAUGCUGACUAAAGCAGGGUAGCUUUAGAUGUAGGUCAGAAGCUCUUUGCACACUUGUGGACAGUGGUCCUCCUUGGUGUCCACAUCCUUCGUUCCUUGCAUUGGAGUCUGUCGCAUCCAUCCAUAAUGCGUGCUGAUCUUCUGAGAAUUAUGCUGUGCACCUCACGUCCUGGGUGUGGGGAAAAGUUAGAUCCACGUCCUUUUUUUUUCUUUCAGUACUGGAGUCUGAACCCAGAGGCUUUCACUAAGCUGCAUUGCUAGCCCUUUUAAUUUUUCAUUUUGAGAUAGUCUCAGCAUAUUAUUAAGUUGCUCAGGCUGGGCCAGAACUUGUGAUCCCUCCUGUCGGAGCCUCCCAGAGUGCUGGGAUUGUAGACACUUCCUACUACACCCAGCUUAGACUUUAAAACAAACUCAAUAAAAAAAUAACAGUUUUCUGCCUUUUUUGUCCUUUGAGUAUUGGGGGGGGGCAUAAAAUUCUUUUAGUAAGAACAGCUGCUUGCAGUGACUGAAGAAUUAAAACCCAUUUUCCUCUUUUUAUAUUUAUUCUGUUGCAAAACACAAAUUGCCCUUGGUGUUCUUUUCUUAAAUUCAUGUGUCCUCCAUCCAUUUAAAUCUUGCGAUCUGUUUUUAUGGCCAUUGUGGCCAUGCAACUCAUGCACCUUCCCCAGCACAAAAGAGUUCCAGGUCCAAAUGGGCAGAUCAGAGUUCUGCUGUGGUGGAAGAGAAGCUGUUGGAGUGGGCUUUUCUUCUCUUUUUCUCAUUGGGGCAUAUUUUCCAGAUAGUGGAACACUCAGAUCUUAAGUGUGCCAUUUAGUCAGUUUCGACAAAUACUUUGGGAGACAAAAAUACUCAGCACCCCAGAAAUAUUCCUGUGACCAUUUCCAAGUAAUGCUUACCUCAAAUCUGGAAGUACCACAAAUCUUGACUUCUAUCACUAUAGGUUAGUUUUGCAUAGCUGGCUCUUAAUACUCUAAAUGUGUUUUUCCAAGGGCUCUGCAAGUAGUGCUUUGCAGAGAUCAGGGGUGUGUGUGUAUGUGUGUUUGAAAAUCGGUGUCCCCAGCUGGAGGUGCAGCGCUUGCCUAGGAUGAGGCCUUGAGUUCCAUCCCCAGCACCAUAAUAAGUAAGGAAGUAAAUAAAUUAAUAAAUAAAACUGUUUACAUGGCUGGGGCAUGGCUGGCCCCAGUAUGUAAAUAAUAAUAUUUUAGUGUUUGUUUAAUGAGAGUUCAGAUCCUUUUCAUUUGCUCAAGGGACCCAGACUGAUGUUGGAAAUCCCGAAUUGCAGAUGCAAGAAUGGAGGGGGGCUGGGGGUUUAGCUCAGCGGCAUAAGCGCCUGCCUUGGAAGCAGGCAGUCGUGAGUUCGAUCCCCGGUACCGAUAAAAAGGAAAAGGAAAAAGACCAAAAAAAAAAAAAAAAAAAAAAAAAAAAAAAAGAAUGGAGGGCACAGCCCGCUGUCCUCCUGGGGUGGAGGUGUGGCCCGGCUCCAGCUGCCUGAUUGGUGCGUGCACGCGUGCACGCCUGUGUGCCUACGUGUGUGCUUUAGUGUACCAUGUGGGGAGCUGCACUGCUCCCUUGGAGGAGCUGGAAUUGCUCCGAGGACAUCCCUGCGGAUUACCAGAAGUCCCUGUGACAUAGUUUCUCUUUUUGCCUGCCUCUUCCUAGAACUGGCAGAUAAAUUUAACAAUCCACAGAGUUACAGAGCUGCACUUGUAAGACUGAAAUGAGAUCCAAGCUGCAAAGUCUGCUGCUAGCUGGGAAAUCUGAUCCACAUCUGCCCUGCUGAGCUGUCUCCCUGCAAGGGCUGGCGGGCCAGAUUUGGGUAGAAAAUUGCUCCUAAACUUAUCAUUGAAAUGCAUUGAGUAGGGUUUCUUUCUUUCUGUCUGUCUGUCUGUCUGUCUUUCAUUAAGUGAAUACAUGAAAAUUUUAAUACAUAAGUAAUACAUAAACAUAUUCUCUGUAGGGAAAAAAACCCCUGUAAAUCUUUCAGAGCAAGCAAAAAAAUCUUAAGACAACCACUCUUAUCUCAGUUCUUUUCCCAGCAGUAUACCACCGUCCUGGGAUUGUUGGUAUUUUCCAAGUGUUUUGCAUACUUGUAUCUAUGCCUCCGGGACUUACAGAAAGUCAAGGCAUAGAUAUACCUCAUCAAGUUAUCUUUUUUGUGUGUUUGUUUUGUUUUUGAGACAGAAUCAAACUAUAUAGUUAAGGCUCGCCUUGAAUUUGCUGUGUAGCCCAGUUAUGCCCUUGAAGUUGCAGCAAUCCUCCUGCCUCAGCCUCCGGGAGCACCACUGUGCCUGGCCAGGGAGGGUAUCAUCUUGUCAGUGUUCAUAGGUCUUCAUCUUGUUUAAUCCCUGCUUGUCCUAAGAAGUAGAAGGGGAAACAGUUACUUUGUCUUUCUCUCAUUGGUGGACACAGAGUCAUUUCUGUUCUUUGACAGUGAUUGUUACAAGAAACAUUGUUGCACUCGGUGCCUGCAGGGCCUGGGAGUUCUCUCUCGGCAGGUGCUGAGAAAGUGGAAUGGCUGGGUAGCUGAGCUAACUGUGUUCUGAUGGAGACAUACCGUAGGCUCCCUUCUUUGCUUAGAUGUGCUCACACAGUGAUCAGUUGAAGACAAGGGCAGGAUUUAAAGUGUGUGAGGUGUGUGCUCCCCUCACUGUACCCCUUGCAGGUCCUUGAGUUAGUGCGGGUAGGUGAGUAGGGCUGGUGGUGGGAAGUCCCCUUCUGGGUCCUGGAGUGAUUAUAUGUGGCCCUUCCCUGCCUCCAGGACUUUGGCCUGUGUGUUGACAACACUUGUGUGGGGAAGAGGUGCAGUGUGAGCACCCCACGGUGGACUCUGGAUGGUAAAUUCUUGGCCCACUUCUCUGGCCAGCUGCAGGUGUUCUUGCCGUUUUUACAACAGAAAGCAUCUCGUAGACACUUGAGCCAAAGGGAAGGAUUUUAGUGUUGUUCAGAGCGUGGUUCAUGAGGAGAGAAUGGUGUGUGCCCAUCUUAUGUUUGCAUCCAGAUGUCUUUGGCUCUCUGUAGAGCUCCUAGAAAGCAUACAUGUUAGUCACGCUGGGCCUGUCCUUUGCACUUAGUGAGUGUGGCCAAGGAGGGUGUGACUGUCCCUGCCAAGACAGCACAAGGCUGGGUGUGUGUUGGUUCCCCUGGAGCCCUAGCUGGGAGGAGGUAGAGCCCUUUGUGGCCUUAGUGAUUGUCUGUUCCAGGCUUUCAGGUCCUCAUGCAAUGGAGGGGAACAGCUGUGGUCCUUACCCAAUAGAGUCCACUUCACAUUCACUUCGGUCGCUGCCUUUGGAGUUUGCAGGCAGUUCCUCCUCUGGACUCAUGCAGAUGUUAGCAGAGUCCCCCCAACUCACUUCAGUAUUUGGCAACUGAGUCAGUGGUCCCUCCCCUCAUCUACUUGAUAGCUUCUUUCGGGGCCCACUUGCCCUUGACCUUUCCAGCCUGAGGGAUGUGGUCUUCUUAGCUUACCCUGCUGUUAUGCAGCAGGUGCAGGGUGUCCGUCUACUGGCCUCGAAGCUCUUCUUUCUUGAUGGGCAGUAACCACUGUUUGCAGUGUAGGCAAUUUUCUGAGUUUACAGGGGCUGGUCAGUGGGGGUUUUUUUUUCCCUGUGGGAUUUGUACUUUUGCAGUGGUGCUGGGUGAAAUGUCCUUUUGGCCUUUGGGACCAGAGUAGAAUGGCAUCUGACCCACAGUGACACAGAUUUCUCUGGACUAGGCCUGAUGCCAGCAGAGAGCCUUUGCAAGGCUUCUGAGAUGUGAACAUGCACUGUGCCCCCCCCCUGCACAUUUGUGCACGUUCUCCUCUGAAAUUCACCUACAGCCUUGUUUCUUCAUCACCCUGCAUUUGGUAUCUAUUGUUUCAGGGUACUGUUUAUCCUGCUCUCUUCUGUGUCCAGUGGACAUUUUCUCCUUAUUUUCUUUCUUGUUAUUUCUUCUCUCAUACAUUAGGGAUUAGCAUCUCUAAGAAGAGAAGCUUCAUGACUCUUUAAAACCAAGACACUAUUGGGGGAAAAAAAAAAAAACAAAAAAACAAACAAACAAACAAAAAAAAAAAACACCUUAUUGCCUCAUUACAGCCCCGGGCUGCCCUUCAGGACAGGAACCAACAUUUUUAUCAUCUUACAUACAGGGGGAGUGAGUCACAGAGUGAGGUGGAUGUUGUCCAUGGUCACUUCACUGGGAAGGCUGAGCUCAUUGGUGACCUACAGGGUUUCCUUGUGUUUGAUUCGGGACAUAUGGAAGGGGUAAAAUAAGAAUAGUUGUAGCCCCCAAUCCUGGAGAAGCCCAGGCUUCGUACUGUAACCAUUUCCCCUUUCAUGCCACAACCACCAAUGCCACAUUAACCUCUGCUCAACUCAAGGUUUUUGCUAACAGGGAACCUCGUGCGGUCACGUAGUCUAGCCUGGCUUCGGUCACGAUUUCUCUGCCUGUACAGGAGAAAGAGUUAGAGCUGUUGGAUCAGACAUAUCUAUCACUUGGUAUUUCUGUGGCUUCGGGAAAUUUCUCAACUUCCCUGAGUCUCUGUUUGCGUGUCUGUGAGAUGGGGGUGAUAAUGGUGCUUAUCUCAUGGUUUACUUGUGGGGUACUAAAUGAGACACAUCCUAUGAAAUGUGCAGUGUGACAGACACAUAAAUCUUUAGGCUGUGAGAGUUAUCAGUAUUUGGAAACAAGCGUAGUCUUUGAAAUGCUGUGGAUUCCAUAUAAGGCUUCGUGUCAUGUUCUUGUCUCUUUAUUCUGUAGCAGUUCUGAUGAGGUAGUGAGAUGUGAUUUUAUUCCCUGAGAACAUCCCACUGGUUUUUCUUGAAAGGGUUCUAGUCUUGGGCUGGGGUUGUAACUCAGUGGUAGAGCGCUCGCUUUCUAUGUGCAAUGCCCUGGGUUCCACCCCCAGCACCGCAAAAACAAAGAAACAAAAGAUUCCAGUCUUCUGCUGGUCCUGAACUAAGUCCAACUGUCUCCCUGCUGGCCCAGGAUGGUGCAAGGCUUGAUAUGGUGUCCUUGAUUGUCUUUCCCAGGGCUGGCAGGGCCUCCAGUUUCCUCUCUCACUUCUCUCAAAACUCAUGCUUAUGGGCCAUUGCCUCUGUGACUGAUACACAUUCAUUUUGUCCCUGGUAACCUGAUCAAUAUCACUCUGUCCAUCUGAGAUGGGACAUGUGAAGCUAGGACUGGGAGGGACACUCACUCAGCCUGUUUUUCCAUCUCUGUGUAGCGUUUGAAUUCAUCCUUAGACCCACACAUGUUGUGUCCUGAAGAUUCUUGAGAUGACCUCUGUCCUGUAUGGCUCAAGUCAGACUCUUUCUUGGUGGCCAGCCCUGUCCCAGUUUUGCACACUUUCUGCCUUGUAUUUAAGUGAUCUUUCCUGAGAACCUUCCCAUCUCUUAGGCUGACUUUCUGCUUUUUUUCUUUGGGGGAAACAUAGCAUCUCCUUCAAAGGUUCAGGAACUCAGUUGUUUUUUGUUUUUGUAUACUUUUAAGAUUUCUUAUAUCAAUGUAUUUAACUUAUGUCCAAAAAAAAACCUUUUAAAAAGUUAACAUGGAUAUCUACCCAGCUUUACAAGCUUAAUUCUAAAUAUCAGCCUUUUACCAGGCCUCGGUGUCAGACUGCUGAAUGUUUUUUGCAUUUCUCUGAAAGAAGCAAAUGCUCAUUCGUUCAUCUCAUUGCAUAGGGCAAGCGCAUGAAUGUUGCCCUGUGAGCCCAUUAAGUGCUUUCACGCUUAAGCACUGGUAGUGUGGGCUCCAGAUUCUUUAAGAGUGGUGUCUCAACCUUUAUAGCUUUCUCUCUCUCUAGUUUAGGCUACAAUGACUGGCCUUCAACUCAUAGUGGUCGUCCUGUUGCAGCUUCCCAAGUGGUGGAAUUACAGAUGGGGGCCACUGUGCCCAGCUCUGAACCUUCAGCUUGUUAACAUUCUGCUCAGUGCAGCUGCAAGAGCUGGGCCCAUAUGCAUUGCUCCAGCAAGGGUUGGAUUCUGCAGCACCCUUUGCCUGGACUUUGGUGGGUCUGCACCAGCCUGGGCUGGAUCUGCCUGCUGAGUCUGCUCAUGGUUCACUUCAAGGGAGGUUUGUUCUUGUGCAGCCCUGGGCGAGGCACCAGGGCUGAGAUGAAGGCAUCAGGAGAAGCUCAGGCUGGUACCCCUCUAGCUGCAAGUGAGGUGACCAGGACCAGUCACUGGUUUGGUCUCCAGGGGCAAAGCUGCCUGGCUCAGCAUUGAGCUUGGAGCACUGCGCCCAGGGGUGGUUCAUUCUGGCCAGCAGCCUCUCUGUAGUUGGUCUGAUUUCUUGGUUCUCCCAUCUUGCUAAAAUCAGCACCGUGAUUUCAGUUAAUUAGUGGUUCCCCUGUGGUCAACUUCUGGGUUCCCAUUAGAGUUGGUCAUUGUGUUAUGGGUUCCGGUGGGAUAUCCUGGCACAGCCUCAGUUUCCAGACGUUGUCUGAACAAUGGCUGCUAAGCCUUUGGAGUUCCUUAUGGUUCCGAUCCAGAAGUGUGUGUGUGUGGGACACAGAGCCACCUCUCUUCCUUUGAGACAUGGGGCACUUUGCUGGCAGUAACCACACUGUGGCUCUGCAAGGUCUUGGAUUCUCAUCUUCUUAGCUAUGGUGUGGAAACGGAGGCUCUGAGGUGGUGGCAGUUGUCCUCAGCCACCUUGGUGGAGGUGACUGACUGUCCCUCUAGUUGCAGACUGCUGUGUCCCUGGCUCUCGCCCUGUGUGGGGUACCUCUGCCCAGUCUUUCCUGGACACUUGGGUGUCCAUUCUGUUGAUCCAGUUUAGGGUCUUGGUGAACAUUCCCACUCAGGACAGCAGAGUGGACUCUCAAGGAGAGGGUAGUAGGGUGACAAACUGGGGUGCAGCCCUCAUCCUGAUGGAAAGCUUGGUCUGUGGUAGCCAGGGCCCCCCUUUCUAGCCAGACAAAGCCAUUUCCUUUGGCUCCAGGUUUGCACCGUCUGUCCUGUCCCUACCCCCAGCUGGGUGACACUUUCCUUGGGCACCUGCAGCCCUGUGUGCCAUGAUCAUGCACUGCAAGGAAGAAGUGGCACUUCUGUGUGCUUCCAGCAGCGGAGUCACCAGGUGACCUUCGCCCUCCUCCAGCCUUCUGCCUGUUGGUUUGGCCUUGUCCCUUGCCAGUAAUGUGGCAACUCUCUACAGUGACAGCCUGAGCUCCUGGCACGUUUUCCGCUUUAACCGCUUUGCCGUGCACCUCGUGCUCGGUGCUCAUCUGUUCGGAGGCAGUGGGGCAUGCGGGUGCUGGUUUAAAUGACUGUAAAGUCCCAUGUUGUGUUUCUACUUGAAUCAUUUAAAUAAAAAAGUGCUACAGAGCAGAGCCUGUGUCCCUCUGCCUUCCCCCAGGAGCAGGAGCAUAAGGAACCCUUUUUGUCAAGUCUCAGGAUUGGCACCUUGGGGUUCCCAUAUGGUGUGGACUUUCCCUUCCAAGGCCUGACUGCUAAAAUGUUCAUGUCCUUGGCUUAUAUUUUUGGGCUGGCAGCCUUUUGUUGUCAGCUUUCAGUUGUUGGUCCUGGAAGCUCUUCCAGUAGAUCCCUUCGGCCCACACUGCCUUCCUGCAGGACCCCUGCCCUCAAGAGUUCUGAGCCCUCCCUCAUGUCUCCUAGAGAAGGAAGAACUGGACCAGGCAGGAGCCAAGAAAGCUAUCAGGCCUGCUGCUCGCUAGAUUUGCGAUUUGGGCCACAUAAGUGGCCUUGAUGGACCUCAGUUUUCUCAGCUGUAAACUAGGGUAAUGGUGUCCCUUUAUAUUUUAUUGAGUGGCUGGGAGGUCAGGGAAGAAGAAAAGCCCCCAAAGGCAUGCAUGCAAGUGAGGAACCCAAGUUCCUUACAGGCAUUCCUUGAAUGCAAGUUCUGGUCUUUUACAAGCCUCCCCUGAAAGCUGCUGGAAGCAUCUGUUGGAUCUCCCAGCUGCCCCGCCUCCCAUCCCAGCCCUGGCUCUGGGGAGAAUGCCAAGUCGGCAGCACCCACCUCCCAGCCUAGGCUACUUUAGCAGUUUAAAGCAGGUUUAACCACUCCCCUCCCCCAGCCCUGUGUGCAAGCAUGCUCGCCCCGCCCUGUGCAUGACACACACCACGCUGGAAGGCUUCCCCGCACUCAGCAGCUCUGAGCGUGGAGGUACUCGGCCCUGCCUCCUCGGAUCACUGUCUGCCUGUUCAGGAGACACUGCCUCAGAGCUGAGUCCGAUACUGCUCAGACUCCUCCUGACUUCUCACCCCUGGCUCACAAAGCAGCUCUUUCUGAGAACACAUUUUUCUCACCUCUGGGCCUCUCCUGGCCCUGGGAAGAUCACCUGUUUAAAAUCAUAAAUCUGGGUGGAAUAAAGCUGAGUUGCUAUCUGCUCUACAGGGCUCACAGUCUAAGGAAAACAUUCAGUAGCCCUUAUCUGAAAUGCAGGGGACCAAACAUACAUAGUAGUUUGGAAUUUUUUUGCAUUUUUGUAUGCAUGGUGAGAUACCUUGGGACUGGAGCCCAAAUCUGAACCCAGAAUUUGCCUAUGUCUCGUAUACCUAUCCUACCUGGAGCCCGAAGAUGAUUUUAUACAGUACGGUGACAUGCCUGUGUUUUUACUGGGACCUUUCUCAUGAUAUCAGAUGUAGGACUUCUCACUUGGGGCAUCACGCAGCUGCUCACAAAGUUUGGAGCACUUUGGGAUCUGCAGUAGAAAUAGGCCUAGGUCCCUGAGCCCUCCCUGUGUGUCUCAGAACUGUGUAGUUUGCCACGGCUAAGUGAAGCAGGAUGGUGAUAAAGGUCACGGGAGCUUUGAGAGCGAGUGGGGAGGCAGGUGUGAAGGAAGGGAAGUGCGUUGGCUUCUGGGGACAACUGUGCAAGCACUUUGCUUUCCUGCUGCAUCGCAGACAGAGACAGUUUUUGUUACUUGACAGAGGGACCCUUGUGCUAUCAGACCCACAGGGUGUUUGUUGAUCAGGAUCACUUAUUAUUUGCGGGAGAGAAUUCACUCUGACUGGAUCAGGUUGCCUAUUUCUGUGUCCAUCUGCUGGGACAUGAAAAUAACACUGUUACUUGGGGCUGUAUUCUUUCCCUCGCAGUCCCAUUACAGCUGUUACUCCAAUAGAGGACAAUGGGUGCUCCAGGACAGGGUUUGCUGGAGAGAGGGUGGGUGCCAGCCCCGAGUGUGGACCAUCCUUUCAGGUCCCUUACAGUCCUGCUGGCCUGUCCUUCAAAUUUCGCCAGGGAUCUUAACGUUCUGAUGUGGUAUAAUCGGGUUUCCAAAAAAGCCUCUAGCAAAAGACAAUAAUUGGGAAUCAAAACUGUCACUGUCUGGCUAGUUGAUGUAAAAUACCAAUCACUAACAUGCUAAAUGCUGUGUAACUCAAGCUUUAUAAAAUCUUAUGUACAUAUCACACCCAUUUUUGACACAGGGUAAGAGGACUUGACAACUAUUCAGAGAUUCAGAAGUUCUCUCUUAGAGUCUUAGUUGUAAUCGCUGGAGUUUCUAACCAGAGCCAGAGAAAGUUUUCUUCUGUCUCUCUGCAGAAAAGGUCCUAGUGCCUAGUGAGGUAUUUACUUUUCCUGGCGAAGGCACCCUGCGAGGAGGGAAAGAAAGUCUUGAGAAUGACCAGUUUGCAAUGACAGGAUAUGUGACAACUUGCUUCUGCCACAGUUCACAUGGUGACCUGCAAAUCAGGAGGAUGACAAACACACUUGCUUAUAACCAUAAGUAGCCCACAAGUGUUCCUGCCAUCUAUCAGCAGAGAUGCCAGCUAAGAAACGCUAAGUGAAUUGUUUGGGCAGUGGAGUUCCAUUUUAUUUUUUAUUUAUUUAUUUUUUUUGUCUUUCUCGUUUUUAUCGGUACCAGGGAUUGAACUCACGACUGCCUGCUUGCAAGGCAGGCGCUUAUGCCGCUGAGCUAAAUCCCCAGCCCCUGGAGUUCCAUUUUAAAAUGAGAAAUGUGGUUUGCUGUUACCUUUUUGGGUUUUGGUUGAGUCUGAAACAUGCCACUGAAAAAAGUUUUAAGUUAAAAACAUAGCUUUAAAGGAAAAAAAAAUGGUAGCUUUCUGAUAAAAGACUGAGAAGGAUAAGCAAGAACUAAAAAUGGAAACUGGUUCUAGUCAGUGGUGCCCAGUGGAGAUCUUAAAAUACACAGAAAGCUGAGGGGGAGCAGAAGCCCUUGGUAGAGGCUGGUGCCGCUCACUUUGAUCCAUGAAGACAGGUAUAGCAGGCACACAAGCUUUUUCGAAUUGGAAUCUUGCUCCAAACUUCACCCUCCUUCCCUUUUAGAAAAAAAAAAAAAAUCAUUAGUACUGUCAUGAAUCACUUUGACUUAUCACCCAUGUCUUACAAGUGCCACUGGUGAUGUCACGGCUUGCUGCAGUGUCCCCGGGUGGGGGGAGAUAGAAACUGUUGUGUGCAAACACAUGCACAGGUGUGCAAAUGCUGAGACAUGCAGUUAUGCAGCAACUGGCACAUGACAAAUAGCAGUCUGCAACCCUGAACCCCAGAGUGGGUUUGUGUUACUUUCCUGUCCAUUCCGGUGACUUCACUGAUGGCAGACCUCCUCAUUAAGGCCCAUUAGCACAUCAGGAGCUGUUCUCUGAGCCUCGCCCUUUUUGGACAUGGAGCAAAGAACAUAUUCUGAUGGGUGACAGUGGUAGGGGAGAGGCAGAACCCUAGGCUCUGCACCACAGAGUCUUUUAGCGUGAGUUUGGGCACAAGCAAGAAAUUCUGUAAGUUGAGAAGCACUUGUAAAAUUGUAAAGCAACAUUGGGCUCCCUGGUGAAACACUGUUAUUGUUACCCUGAGAUGGAGGUUUUUGAUUCCUCUUGGCUGCACAGGACCAUAGGGCACACUCUGCAAAGGCUGGAAUAUGAACUGUUCUUUGCUCCUCAGAGAGAAACUGAUAGAGGCCUGACUAGAAGCCAGGGUAAAGCCGACCAGGUGCAGAAUCAUAGUGGCUCUGGAAGUGGCUCCAGGGACCAGUGUCAGCCCUUUUCCCUCCCACCCACCUCUGUGCUUUGUCAGUGCCCGAGUCCCUGAGGCUUGUUGCUUAUUGUGCCAUCAUGGUAUUGGUAUCAGACUGGGUGUGUGGAUUUACAGGAGCAGUGGUCAGUGGUCUGGAGCCCUGAUGGGCACUUGCAUCGCCCACUUCCCUGCCACCUGCCCCAGUAUAAAGCUGGCUGACGUUUCCCUUUAUCCCUUUGGGCCCUCUUGCAGGGCAGUGUGUGUAUAAAGGUCUUUGCAGACUGAACCGCUAAAUGAUUAACAGCGAACUGGUCAGGCGAAAGCACUGGCCUUUAUUUUAUAGGAAGGAGGCCAAGAUGCAAAAGGAGAGGAAAACCCUGUGGAACGAAAAUGCAUGGGAAGCAGAAGUCGGGACCUGGCAGGGCCAGGGGUCGUUCUUUUCUAUCAGGUUCACUGAUACAGGGGAGAAAAUUGUGCUGAACUGAGUUAUUGUGAGAGGUCUCACACUGCAUUUGUGGCUGGAUUGUUACCUUGGGUCUCACGGAGAUGUGAGUUUAGACCUAAGCCUGCUAGUUCCUAAAUCCUGCGGCCCUGUAAUCUGACGCCUUUGCAACCCUGUGGCCUCAUCAGAAAUCAAAGACCAUUAUUUUUAUCUCAGGUUGUUCUGAGGAUUAAAUUAGAUGCAAGCUGUGAAAGCUGGUGCCCGGCAGGCGUUUAAUAAAAGACAGUUUCCCUUCUGUCUUUCUCUUCUGCUUUUAAAAAUUAAGAUUUAGGAGGACUAUAAAUAAAACGCAUAAUAAAAUGGGUUCUCAAGUGGAAUUCAGGGGAAAGACUCGACGCGUGGGCAAAGCGGCGUGGGGGAGCAGGACGGAAGUGGCAGGUCCCUCGGUGCAGCCCCAGCGGCCUUCGGAAGGCGCAGGCUCGCCCUGCAAAGUCAAAGAAAGCUAACGAAAAAAGUCGAAAGAAGCUAACACAACACUGUGGGAGUCUGUUGGCCAAAUAUCUCAGGAGCUGUCUGGAGCCUGGAAACCGAGGAAUUUUGGAAAGGCUACCCUGUGUUCAUGUGCAGUGGUAGAAACCCCAAACUUCCUGCUUUGGAAAGUGGGGGUGGCCGCUGGGAUUUUUGCCAAGAACGGGGUUGGCUGUUUCUCUGGCUCGGUGCUGCCACCUCAUGUCCACGCAGCAGCAUGGCCAGUGUCCUGUCCCGCCGCCUGGGCAAGCGGUCGCUCCUGGGAGCCCGGGUGCUGGGCCCUGUUGCUUCUGAUGGGCCACUGGGGGCUGGGCUGCCAUUGGAGCCACAGGCGGAGCUGCCAGAGGGCUCCACCCUCCAACCUGUCCUCACCUGCAAGGACUCUGGAAGGAGUCUAGAGCAGCCUCAGGAGCUCCUGCAGGCUCUGGGCCCUGCAGGCUUCCAGCAGGUGGCCUUUCAGCCCGGACAGAAGGUCUGUGUGUGGUACGGGGGCCGUGAGUGCACGGGCCUGGUGGAGCAGCACAGCUGGGCAGAGGACAAGGUGACCGUGUGGCUGUUAGACCAGAAGCUGCAGAUCUGCUGCAAGGCGGAGGAGGCGUGGCUGGCGGAACUGCAGGGCGCGGUGCCCCAGGCGCUGUCCCCGGAGCGAGGGGCCCAGGCGCCAGCCUACAGACCUGUCUCCAGGAACAUCGACGUGCCCAAGAGGAAGUCGGAUGCAGUGGAGAUGGACGAGAUGAUGGCGGCUAUGGUGCUGACGUCCCUGUCCUGCAGUCCAGUUAUUCAGAGCCCUCCGGGGGCCGAAGCCAGCUUCUCUGCUUCCCGAGUGGCCUGCAGUGACCCCUGGAAGGAGAGCGGGGAUGUGUCCGACAGCGGCAGCAGCACCACCAGUGGCCACUGGAGCGGCAGCAGUGGCAUCUCCACUCCCUCGCCCCCGCACCCCCAGGCCAGCCCCAAGUAUUUGGGCGAUGCCUUUGGUUCUCCCCAAACUGACCAUGGCUUUGAGACUGACCCCGACCCUUUCCUGUUGGAUGAACCAGCUCCACGCAAAAGGAAGAACUCCGUGAAGGUGGUGUACAAGUGCCUGUGGCCCAGCUGUGGCAAAGUCCUGCGCUCCAUCGUGGGUAUCAAGCGCCAUGUUAAAGCCCUGCACCUGGGGGACUCUGUGGACUCCGACCAGUUUAAGCGGGAGGAGGAUUUCUACUACACAGAGGUGCAGAUGAAGGAAGACCCUCCUGCCGCCGCAGCUGGCACCUCUGCCCCUGGGACUCACAUUAUUGAGCCAGCCCCGGCUGCCCAAGUGACCAGCCCGUCCCUUGCUGCCCUCCCUCUGCCUCCGCCCAGAGCCCAGUGCUCCGGCUCCAAACACCCUGGCCCGGAGUCUUCCCUGGCUUCAGCUGCACUCAGCAAGUCGGCGCCCAGCUCCUUUUGGCACAUUCAGGCUGACCAUGCGUACCAGGCUCUGCCGUCCCUCCAGAUCCCCGUGUCCCCCCAUAUCUACACCAGCAUCAGCUGGGCUGCUGCCCCUGCCGCCGCCUCCCCCCUCUCUCCGGUCCGCAGCCGCUCACUCAGCUUCAGUGAGCCGCAGCAGCCGCCACCUGCCGUGAAAUCGCACCUGAUUGUCACCUCUCCACCCCGGGCCCAGAGCAGCACCAGGAAAGCCCGUGGCGAGGCCAAGAAGUGCCGCAAGGUAUAUGGCAUCGAGCACCGGGACCAGUGGUGCACUGCCUGCCGGUGGAAGAAGGCGUGCCAGCGCUUCCUGGACUGAGCCCGGACCCGGCCACCUGGCCACCUGGCAGCCAGGGCCAGGGAGGCGGAUGGGCCUUCUGCCUGCAGAACCCGGCAGAUUCAGGCGGAAGUGUGGAGUCCCAGCCCAUUCGGCAAAGGCGUAACACUUAAAACACUUUUUCCCCCUUGGUGGGAGAACAUUUUAUUUUUAAAAAAGAAAAGAAUCUUUUCCCCUUAAGAUAGGAGAGAGCCAAAAACUGACCAAGGGUAUCCUGCAGCGAACCAGAGACCAAAGAAUUCCUCCUCCUCCCUUCCCACACCCCUGUCCCCCUGCCCCUGGCUGGAGGGAUGAGUUCCUCUGUCUCAGAGGGGGACAGCGUCACACACGAGCCCUGUUCCCCACUGAGCUGGUGAAUCCUUUGCUUUCUCAACUCUUCAGAAAGGACUGAGCAAGAUGAAUUUCCUUUAAAAAAAAAAAAUAUAGCUUCUCGCCGGUGUGGACGACCCAGAAGGAGGACUGCGGGUUGGUGGGGACAGCAGAUGUCUUGCCAUCCAGAGGCCCCUUUUCUGGGAGCUGCCCCUCUAGGCAGCUUCUGGAAGGACAAGGAGAACCUUCCUGUGGUGGUGACAGCUGUCUGUCCUGUGGCUUCUUUUCAAGGCCUGUAGAAGAUUUGUGAACACAGAGAUUUGUGAAGACUGCCACCAGGCAGUUGAGCAGAAGGAUAUGAGUUUGCUUUUGGGAAGGUGGCCUUCCAGCGCUACCCUGAGAGUCCCUUGCCUCCUAGAGGAAGGGCAGAGGGUUUCUGUGUUGGAGCAGGUGCUGCUCCUCCUGGAGUCACCCCUCUGGGGACUCUCUCUUCUGUGCAGGGAGGAAGGGCCAGAACACUGUCUUUGGCCUGGUGUGUUGUGAGACCUUUCAUGAGGACAGCCGCAGGGAUUUCCCCAAUUCUGCUUCUUGUGGAAGGGGAGGAAGGCAGGGCCCUUCUGGGCGUGAGGCUCAGGCUGAGGACCUGGAGGGAGGGAAGUGGGGCUGAGUAGUAGCUGCUGGUGUUUCGGCUUUUGGUAUUGGGGAGACACAGGCCUUUGGAGGCAUGGUGAGUGUUGGAGUCCACACGCAAAGCUGUCACCGAAGAGGGAGAGCCAGGGAGUUUAGUCAACCACAGAUGACUGAGGCCAGGGUGAGGGCCCCCUGACGUGGGUAGGUGGGAUGCCUCAGGGCCUGAACAUGCCCACCCUGGUCUCACCAUGUCCUGUGUGUCAGCGUGCAUGGGGCUGAGCAGUAGGGUCCACCUGGACUAUUUGGUUUGUUUGUUGUUACCUGGACUGUUGUGGUCCCCGGUAAAAAUACCUGGCCACCAAGGUUAUUACCAAGGAUGAUAUCAUGUGGAAAUAAUGCCAUUUGUGGGAAAACCUCAGCAUAGGGAGGUGAUGUUGUCAAGGGUGCAGGGGCCUGGCUGGUGAUAAGGGACAGAUACACUUAUGCAUGACUGUCUUUGGUGGUAAUACAUUUCUGUGAUGGAAAUAUGGCUGUGGACGUCCAAGCCUGAAACCAGGCCAGCGAGGUGGCCCAGGACUCCUCUUCUGUCUCUGUGGAGAAUCAGGAGCUGGGGACAGGCUGCGGCUCCUCCCUUUUGCCCGCUUCCCACGCUGCCCAGCCCCGACCUUCCUGGGGAGGGAGCAUCUUGUGGGGACCCUGCCCUGAAAUCCCUUACUAGCUGCAGCAGCUUGGACCUCACGGAUGUAGCUGACACAAGGAUGUUUCCUCAUGGCAGACUCCUCAUGCCAUUGAUGCGCAGGACAGAAAAGGCAGAGAGAAAGAAGGAAUAGGUGGGGCGCUUUAACAGUGGAGUGGUUUGGUUUGUGUUAUUUUGUUUCCGGGCGGUUUUUCCUGUCUGUGUUGUCCCAUGCCCCUUCUCAGUGGUGGUGCCCUCCUCUGUCUUGUGGCUGCUGUGGGGGCCCCUGACUCGGGUCCGUCCUUGGCGUGCCUCCGGGGUUCCUUCUUGGAGCUGAGAGUUGAGUGGUGCCGUGUGCACUGUCUCCCGGCUUCCCGGCCCUCUGCCCCCCUGCCGGCAUCGGAAGUGACGGGAGGCUGGGAGGAUGAUGCCCCGGGUGCGGGACCUCAUCUGCAAGGUGGGUAUCCUGGGAAACUGGAUCCAGCAAUGUGCCCUGGGGAGGUGAAGUCUGCUGCAUGCGGAGCACAGAGAAUCGUGUCUGUGGUCGGGAAAUCUCAGGGGCAGAGCAAUGACACAGAUAACUUAGCUUGUGAAUAAUGUGAAUUUAAGCUGGCUCAGAAAGCAAUUUGGUUGUGGCCACCAUAUUACGGUGAGCAUGACUCCUUGAAGGACAAUAUUAAUUUGGGUGUGGAAAUUGUGAUUUGUUGGAAGAAAAGUCUGUCUUGUUACUUUCUGGUCAUCCAGGUUCUGACUUUAGCAGGGGCAAAAAAAUAAAAAAAUUUAAAAAUUUUAAAAAAGGAAAAAAAAAAAAAGAGAAAAAAAGGGGCGCUAAAUCCCAUCUGUGAAUUUGUCUUACUGGCUUCUUUUCUUUCCCUUCAGCCAUCUUCCAAGUAUUAUUUUUACUGUUGAAAAUUUUUUAAAAAUGUGAAAUGUAAUGUUUUUACACCAACAAUAUGAAAUAUAUUUUAUAAGGAAUAAAA